AAGACCCCGACCCGACAAAGUCCAAUAAUUCAGGCCUAGAGACCAGACCCAAGACCAAACACAACUCUCCGAGGAAAUUGGGAACUCCGACCGACAGAGCCUUGAGAAGAAUCCCGUCAGCCCACAGACAGAAAACACAGACGACAUCGCAACAUCCUCAUCCGCCACUCCUCAGACCGGCAGCAACGAGAUGCUAACGCAACAUCAACACCAACUGCCGCCGCCGUCGCCGCGCCCAACGACUCCCACCGCCGCCGCCGGCAAGGACAACGGCAGCAGAACCACCAAGAUCUCCGUCAUCCUAACCGUCUCCUUCUUCUCCCUCCUCUUCAUCUUGACCCUCUCAUCCUCCUCCUCUUCCCCCAAUUCCUCCUCCUCCUCCUCCGCCCGGGUCCGACCCGACCCGCGCCUCUUCCCGGCUCGGCGACCCACCUUCUCCAAAAUCCCUUCCGAUCCCGCCCCGCCUUCCGUCGCCUACCUGAUCACCGGAUCGAAAGGCGACUCCGGCCGGAUCCUCCGCCUCCUCUACGCCGUCUACCACCCGAAAAACCGCUACUUGCUCCACCUCGACCCCUCCGCCGCGCCGGCCGAGCGGGAGCGGCUGGCCCUGGCCGUUGAAUCGGUCCCCGUCUUCCGGGCUGCCCAGAAUGUAGAUGUGAUUGGGAAGCCGGAUUUUGCAUACCGGCGAGGUUCGUCGCCGGUUGCGGCUACUUUACACGGCGCGUCUCUGUUGCUGAAGUUGUCCAAGAAUUGGGAUUGGUUUGUUCGCCUGGGAGCUGCUGAUUACCCUCUUGUUACCCAAGAUGAUCUGCUCCACAUAUUCUCCUACUUGCCCAAGGGUCUCAAUUUCGUGAGUCACAGUAAUUACAUUGGCUGGAAAGAGUAAAUUUUUAACUUUUUCAUCGUUUUCUGGUCUCGAUUCACUGUUUCCUUGGGUUGUGAUGAUUCAAGUGUUUUUAUUAAACGUUGGGUUACUACAGGUCUAGAAGAUUGAAACCAAUCAUUGUUGAUCCAGGGCUUUAUCUGGCCGAGAAAAGCUACAUGUUCCAUGCCACUCAGCGGCGACCGUUGCCUACUUCUUUCAAGUUAUUUACAGGCUCUUCCUUCUCAUUUCUCAGUCGUAACUUCGUCGAGCACUGCAUCCUUGGUACAGACAACCUCCCAAGGAUCUUGCUGAUGUACUUCUCAAACACAAUGUCCUCCAUAACCAGCUACUUCCCUACAGUGCUAUGCAACUCGCCUCAAUUCAACAGGACGGUUAUAAACCAGGACUUGCAGUACAAAAUCCUGGAUCAGUCCUUCAGGCAGGAGCCUCGUGCCCUGAACUCCACCGACUUCAAUGCCAUGAUCCGUAGUGGAGCUGCAUUCGCCACCGAGUUCCAGCCUGACGAUCCAGUGCUUGACCGAAUAGACAGUGACGUCCUGGGGAGAAGCCCGGGGGAAAUUGUGCCUGGCGGCUGGUGCUUAGGAGACCCUGCGAACGGUACAUGUUCCGUUUGGGGGGAUGCUAAUGUUCUGAGACCUGGAAAAGGAGCAGCGAGGCUUGAGAAGCGUAUUGUUGAAAUGCUGUCGAAUGGACGGUUCAGGUCUCAGCAGUGUAUAUUUGAAUGAUGUAAUACCCACUCAAUGAUACCACUUACUACACGUAGAAACAGAGUUCAAGAGCGACCGAAAGGAGGAGCUGGUCAAGUUUUGUAACCAAUUAUUUCACACUGAUUAUUUACUGUGACUUGCCUCAAAUACCCAACCAACAAGAACAGAGUCUAACUGAGGUUCCUAAAGAGAUCUACUGUUACAACAAAACUCUCAGUGGCCCUAACUCCUCGCGACUCUUCUACUACAACAAUAGUACAAUACAAUGAUAUGCUACGCCUUCUUCCCUCCAAAGAUGAACUAAUUGUUUAAUCCAGCUAAGGUCAUCCUAUUCCUGAAGAGUGUCAAAUUACAGACAAAGGG